GAGGGAGAGGGAGAGGGAGAGAGAGAGGGAGAGGGAAUGGGAGAAAGACAGUCACUUGCUCUUUGCGUAGGUACUUAUGCACAAGCAGCAAGUGCGCAAUCGAUUAACAAGAUAGUCAGUAAACUUUAUUGCGAAACGCAAAGGUUUUGAUUGAAAAUUGGGUACAAUGGAAUCUAGCAAGUCGGAAUCGACGCCAAAACAGGCUAUGGUAUACAUUUGCGGAGAAUGUCAUCAUGAUAAUGAAAUACGCCCAAGAGAUCCAAUUCGAUGCCGAGAAUGUGGGUAUAGGAUCAUGUACAAGAAACGAACUAAAAGACUUGUUGUGUUUGAUGCACGAUAAAGCAAUCUAUCAUUUUCUAUAAAUUAUAUAUCGGUCAUUAAUAAAUGUAAUGUAAUGUAAUACCAAAAGCUGGAAUAAGACAAAUAAUGGAAGAAAACCUGCCAUCGUGUCAAAUAUAUAAUAUAGGAGGAAUAGAAAAUAGAAACCAUAUAUUAAGUAAACGACCCAUGUAUAAAGAAGUUAAGUCAAACGUAUUAAGAAAUAGGGAAUGCCCAAAAAAUGGGAAACCAUUGAGAAAGGAAUGUGGGAGUUGAUGAACAUCAUGAAUGGAAGCUUAAAACUAAGGGCAUCAUAUAAUAAUAGCGAUAGUAAUAGCGAUAGUUCAAAGAAGGCAAAGAAUCAAAUAAUCCACAAACCAA